GUGGGAAAGAGGAAUAGUGCCCCAUCAUUGGUAUCAGUGGGAAGGAGGAUUAGUGCCCCAUCAUUGGUAUCAGUGGGGAGAACAGUGCCUCAUCGUUGGUGUCAGUGGGGGAGGAACAGUGCCUCAUCGUUGGUGUCAGUGGGGGGAGGAACAGUGCCUCAUCGUUGGUGUCAGUGGGGGAGGAAUAGUGCCCAUCGUUGGUGUCAGUGGGGAGAGGAUCGUUGCAGUGCAGUGCCUCAUCGUUGGUGUCAGUGGGGGAGGAAUAGUGCCCCAUCGUUAGUGUCUGUGGGAGAGGAGCGCCUCCUCGCCGGUGAUUGGUCGCUUGUGUGCCUUUCCAGUGCUGGCGCCCAAUCACCGGUGAGGAGG